CCACGGCGCUCUUAACACAAUUUCCCUCUACGUUUUCACCUCUUUGCCUGUUUGGUUGUUGUUUUAGGUUUUCAUUCUUCCUCGUUACAGUCAGUAGUAGAGAAAGUAUCUCUGCGAAUAUUUCUUCGGAAAUUAGAACUAAAAUUCGAAGCCAUGACAGACUACGCUCAAGAACAAGAGAUGGAAAUUGAAGCUUUACAAGCUAUCCUCAUGGAUGAAUUUGAAGAAAUUGAUGCUAGUGACAGUGGAUUAAACACAUCCAAUAGGUGCUUCCAGAUUACAAUCUCACCACAGGAAGAAGACGAUGAGGAGACAUCUAAAGUUCUGCUGGCUUUAGUUUUUGCUCACACCGAAAAGUACCCAGAUGAACCACCACUUCUGCACGUGAAAAGUUUAAAAGGAAUAUCGUUAGAGCAUCUCCAGGCGUUAAAACAUAAGCUUGAGGAGGAGGCAUCCGAAAAUCUUGGCAUGGCUAUGAUCUACACACUCAUUUCAUCGGCGAAAGAGUGGCUGGAUGAAACAUUCCGUGAAGUUGUCGUUGAGGAAGUAGUGGAGACAACUAAAGAUGAUGUAAUUAUACCACAUGGAGAUGCAGUGACAGUCCAGACAUUUGUAGCUUGGAGAGAACGUUUUGAAGCAGAACUGGCGCUAGAGCGAGCCAAGCUAAUGCCUGAAUCUGCGCUCACGACAUCCAAGGAGAAGAAGCUUUCUGGGCGAGAGUGGUUUGAAAGAAAAGGUGCCUCGCAAAUUGCUGAUGAGUCCGAAGAAGAGGAUGACGAAGAUAUCGACUUUGACGAUGAGGACUUCGAAGAUGAUGAAGAAGAUAUGCUUAAGCAUUAUUUGGACGAGUCCGAUGUUUCCUCUCAUUCUCAGAGGAGAUCUGAGCGAACUGUGAUAGACUGAGAUGAGGGCUUGCUUGGUAUUUGAAUUUUGUUUCUCUUUUAUUAGGGUUUUCCUAUUUACCAUCCCUGUUUUGUCUAAAUUCCAUUCAAUCUGCAAUUGCUUAAAAAAUUAUAGUGUUGAUAACAGUAGCCCAGUUUUAUUAUUUUCUUUCAUAUGCAUCUCUUUUUUACCCUCA